CAUAAGGUCUUCGCAUCCCAAGAUCUUGUAUCCCCAAGGCUUUGUAUAGUCCUCAACACCACCAUUCAUAGCCGCCCGCCAAAGCUUUUCACUUGUCGCAACCAUGGCUUGGGGAAGAAAAGAGGCGCCGAAGCCUUCGACCUUGAGCCAGGUCAUCCCGCUCGUGGUUCUUCUCCUCUUCCUCGGCGGUGCCGCCUUCGUCGGAUACCACAUCUGGGUCGCCGUGAACAAAGUCGAAAAAACCUACAGCGACAAGAUGGCCAAGAAGAACGUAGUUUUCACCAAGGACGGCAUGCGCGUCGGCGUUAAGCACGUCGAGCAGGAGCGCUACGUGGACGCUACACAGAGCUGGGUCGUCAAGGCGUGGAAUCUAAGGAAGGACAUACCCGCCGCCAUAACGAAGAGGAAAUAGGGGCGCAUAACCGAGGGGGGGUGAGAAAGGGCUGGAUGGAUGGAUGAGCAAACGGAACAAUAACUCUUGGAGAUUGCGAUGCCUUUGAAGGCAUAAAUGCACAGGUUGCAGCCCA